CCCCCAUUCCUUGACCUACACCCUACCGACUUAGUACCUCGAUACGUCUAGGUAUGAAUUGAUUGAUGUCUUCCUCAUCCCCGGUUAGACGCCACGGAGUUUUCAAUUCCUGACACAUAUUUAUACAUUUAUUUGUAUUAGUAUUUGUUUCGCUAAUGCAGUCCGCACACCCUGACACCGCGCGCUGUCAAAUUUAGCCAGUUUUCCGUCCUCCGUCUUUCUUGGCUACCCACGUAUCUUAAUUAUCUUAAUUCACUACCUUCAUGGUCUUAAUGGUCUUAAUAGUACCGGUAAUGAGUGAAUAGUAUUUCCUAUUGGUUGUUUGGCUGUUGGUUGGCAGGGCUAAAGACGCCUAAAGAGGGUAUUUCAACCAGCAUAACCCAAUUUCUGCCCCCCUCAUGUUGGUGGAAAAUGUUCAAUGGCAGGUCCUUCACCAACCUCACGACGCCAUGAUGGCACUCUUUCGACGAAAGACACGCGUACUCGCUUCAUUAUUCCUAGUACUCGUAUUAUACCUCUUAGUCGGACUUAUCCCCGAGCAUCGCGAUACCCUCUUCGGCUUUACAUUCGUUAGGACGACUUAUAACUGGUCCCAGCAACCGUUAAAGUAUCGAAUAUCGGAAUAUGUCUCUUUACCUACCGGUACACCUCGCGCGCUUCCUAAAGUUCAAUAUUCAUUCACUACCGAUACCAGUCCCGAAGGUGUUGCGAGGGAAGAGGUCUUAGCGAGUCGGCGGGCGGAAGUUAAGGACGCGUUCGUAAAGAGUUGGACGAGCUAUAAGAACGCCGGGUUUGGUUACGAUGAACUCAUGCCGGUAUCUGGGAAAGGGAGGGAUGCGCCGGGCUUCGGCGGUUGGGGUGCUACACUCGUUGAUUCUCUCUCAACUCUCUGGAUUAUGGGCCUAAAGGACGAGUUCUACGAAGCAGCCGCCGCAGCCGUGACCAUAAAUUGGUCUCGUACGAGCGACACUUCCUGUAAUUUCUUCGAGACUACUAUUCGACACCUCGGUGGUCUUUUAGGCGCGUAUGACUUGAGCUUAGAGACGGCAUUACUCGAGAAAGCCAUUGAGCUUGGCGACAUGCUCUAUAUGGCAUACGACACGCCGAACCAUAUGCCACCGUUCUGGUUGAACUUUGACGAUGCCAAGCAUGGUAACCAAGAGGCUGGCUAUCAUGACCCGUCUGCCUCGGUCACGUCAUCGUCGGUCGAGUUUACGAGGCUAUCGCAACUUACUGGAAACAGUAAAUAUUACGACGCUAUAAACCGAGUAACAAUGGUCUUGGACGAAUGGCAGAACAAGACGGCCUUACCAGGCAUGUGGCCAACAUUCUUUGACUUCAAACAGCUACAGCUAGAUAGCGAUAACAGCUUUACGCUCGGCGCACUAGCAGACAGUCUUUACGAGUAUCUACCCAAAACGUAUGCUAUACUUGGUGGUCUCGAACCGGUGUAUGAGAAGCUGUACCGCGGAGCGAUGGAUACGGUGAUAAAGAACUUGCUAUUUAGACCCAAAACGCCGGAUCAAGACGAUAUACUUUUCACUGGAACCGUGUUCGUAUCAGAUGAUACUGGGCCCCAUCUGACCGCAGAGGGACAACACCUUGCGUGCUUCGUCGGUGGAAUGUUUGGGCUCGGGAGCAAGCUUUUCAACAUCCCAGAACAUCUCGAAAUCGCUGAGAAGAUCACUCGGGGUUGCGUGUGGGCGUACGAUGCCAUGCCUACUGGCAUUAUGCCCGAAAUCUUUAACCUCCUCAGAUGUGAGACCCUGGAUCCGUGUGAAUGGGACGAGGACGAAUGGCAAGAUCAAUCGAAUACGCAGUUGAAAAGGGGUUUCACAAGCGCACGUGAUCCACGGUAUCUUCUACGGCCAGAAGCCAUUGAGAGCGUAUUUCUCAUGUAUCGCAUGACCGGUAAUUCCGAGUACCAGGAGAUGGCGUGGAGGAUGUUCCAGGCGAUUCGAAAAGCAACCGAGACCGAUCUGGCCUUCUCGUCGAUCCAGUCCGUCAGAGAUACUGUCACAGUCAAGACGGACUCUAUGGAGAGUUUCUGGAUGGCCGAGACACUCAGGUACUUCUACCUGAUAUUCUCCUCACCGGAUCUUAUUGACUUAGACGAAUUUGUCUUUAAUACGGAAGCGCAUCCCCUAAGACGACCCAAAUGAGCCAUGCAAGCCUCGUUUUAUCUCCAAGUUCGGAGCCGAUCUUCUACACAAGCUGCCGAUAGUCAGCUUACCCGUGUACAUUGUUACGCAAAUCGAACCAAAGCGCGAUUCGUAUCCCUUGCCAUUAUUGUGAAUAUAGCUAGAGAAGCGAUCUACCGUCAUACGGUGUUAUGAAACCGUCUCGAGGAGAGACAUAUUUUCGAAGGUUACGUUUCUA